ACUUUCCAAAAAAAGCAAGCUGAUUUUGACAUUGACAUUUCGAAAUUGUCAAAUAAAAAUUACAAUUUUCCGGGCCGCCGCUGUUGUUGUGUUGUUUGUUUGAUUGUUUGUUCCUUGUUAUUCUGCCGGCGUGACUGCGGACGUGUAGUCGGCGGAUUUGCUCAAUUUGCUGUUCGAAGUUUAAAUAUUUACAAGAUGUCGGGCGACUCUGGCGAAGCGUCGUGCGCCAACGGCGGGCAGAAGGUGGCCCUUAUCACUGGAAUCACAGGACAGGAUGGAUCAUAUCUAGCAGAGUUUCUGAUAGAGAAGGGUUAUGAGGUGCAUGGUAUAUUGCGGCGUUCAUCCUCAUUCAACACCGGGCGCAUCCAGCAUCUGUACGGCUCACCCGCUGCCCACACUGGUGGCCGCAUGCACCUGCACUAUGGGGACCUCACUGACACCACUUGCCUCAUAUCCAUCAUCACCAAGACGCGGCCGCGCGAGAUCUACAACCUGGGUGCGCAGUCGCACGUGAAGGUGUCGUUCGAGCUGAGCGAGUACACGGCGCAGGUGGACGCGCUGGGCACGCUGCGGCUGCUGGAGGCCGUGCGCGUGGCCGGGCUCGAGAGGCACACGCGCAUCUACCAGGCCUCCACCUCCGAGCUCUACGGGAAGGUGCAGGAAGUACCCCAGAACGAGAACACACCCUUCUACCCGCGCUCACCCUACGCGUGCGCGAAGCUGUACGGGUACUGGAUAGUGGUGAACUACAGGGAGGCGUACAAGAUGUUCGCGUGCAACGGGCUGCUGUUCAACCACGAGUCGCCGCGCCGCGGGGAGAACUUCGUCACGCGCAAGAUCACGCGCGGCGUCGCCAAGAUCACGCUGGGGCUGCUGCCCUGCCUCGAGCUGGGCAACCUCGACAGCAAGCGCGACUGGGGGCACGCCAAGGACUACGUCGAGGCGAUGUGGCUGAUGCUGCAGCAGGACGAGCCGGAGGACUUCGUGGUGGCGACGGGCGAGACGCACAGCGUGCGCGAGUUCGUGGAGAUGGCGUUCGCGUGCGUGGGCCGCAGCCUGGCGUGGCGCGGCGCCGGCGCCACCGAGCGCGGACACGACGCCGCCAGCGGGGCGCUGCUCGUCAAGGUCAACCCCAAGUACUUCCGCCCCACUGAAGUGGACCUGCUGCUGGGCGACCCGUCCAAGGCGAAGCGGAAGCUGGGCUGGGCGCCGCGCGUGCCCUUCGCGCAGCUGGUGCAGGACAUGGUCACGGCCGACCUUGAACUCAUGCGCCGCGACCCCGAGGCGUAGGUCACUGUAGACAAGUGGAAGGUUGUACGUCGAAGCUGGACUUUGAGAACGUACUGUCGUUCUGUGCCGUCGCGUAUUAAAUGCUCAUAAAUCAAAUUCCACACAAAAAGUAAAUUUUGUCUAUAAUUAUAUCGUCGUCUUAGAGAGAAAACCACAUAAGCGUCUCUUUAAAGAUCACAUGAUGUGGAUUUGUUGUCGCAGUUUCCGGAAUUUAAUUAAUUGAAUGAAAUCAAAGUCCUGUUUAAGAAAAUCGCAUCAGGGAGGUUGAAAAAGCCACAUCGAAGCAAUUCACCCAAAAAGCAAUAUUGCAAUUUGACAUUUGCGCAUACAAAAGCAAGUGCGCAAUGCAAAGAAAUGUCAAAUUGGAAUAUUGCUUUUUUAGAUGAAUUGCUUCGAUGUGCCCUUUUUAACCCCCAGAAGGUGAUUUAAAAAGGCGUUUACAUGGUGUCUGCUAUAAGGCGACGAUGUGUAAUUCAUCUAAAAAGCAAUAUUGCUAUUUGAUAUUGCGCAAGUAUAGGCAAAUGUCUAAUGACAACAUUGCUUUUGAGGUGAACACACAACUACGAGAAAAUGCGUCGGCAGUGCGAAUGGUGCUCGAUCUGCAACUGGCGUUACAUGUGUCGUGGACAGUUGUGGUCAUCACAUGAUAGAUAGAGUACUUUUUGUAUCGAAUUAGAUGACUUGGUACCUUUAUACGAAUAUCACUAGCAUUAUAAUGAUUGGAAUCUAUGUGAAAUGCCUACGUUUUAUAAAAUUUGAAUGUGUGAUAUUUACAAUGACUAACCACACUCGGCUUUAGAAUGCUGAAGGAUGAUUACGUACCUACAUAAAAUAAUGCCCGUGUUUUCUCAAGAGACGAGCAGGGUUACUAGUAUUCAGAAGGCGCCUUACAACCACUUAUACAGUUUUAAGAUGAAUGUAAUAUAACCAGUAUGGUGAAGGUGUCCAGCCCAUCGUCCAUUUAUUGGUCCAUCAUUAUGGAUAAUUCUGAAAACCAAAGUGUAUUGUUUAAUAGGAUAAUGGUACUGAUUCCGGCAGACACCUCCUAAUUUUAUUUUAAGUUGUACCUGUCUUUUCUUAUCCGCCGAAAAGGAAAGGAACGAAUGAUUGAUAGCUGUUAAUUUUAAAAUAAAUGAGUGAAUGAAACAAUAACCCGGACAAGUCAAAUAGUUGACUGGUAUGUCCCCGUUUUGCAUGUGCUUUUUUUUCAACUUGAUUUCCAUCAUAAUCUCUUUCCUUUUCGUCGGAUAAGACAACAGGUAUAACGUAAACAAAAUCAGAAUGUACCCGCGGGUAUCAGCACCAAUGUCUGGGUAUGUGUCGUAUAACAUGGUCAGCUAGGCAUUCAGUUCCUACAAUUUAUAUUACAUACUAACAAUGUGUGUGUUGUCUCUAGGAAUCAAGUAAUGCCUAAAAAUAUAUUAUCAUUUUUAUACGAAUGCACUUUCAAAGUACUUUAUUAAGUGCAUUCGUACAAAAAUGAUCUGUUUGUCAGGACGUUUAGGGCAGUUUUGUUGACAACAUAGUCCUGUAAAUAUCUAGCGUCGUUAAAGCAUUACAUAUGUCUAGACAUAACGCUAAAUAUUGACGCGCCAGUGUAUAUUAUAGUCAGUUUAAACGGCUGAACUAAUGUUCAUUGGCGAUUAUUCGAAUACUUUUAGCGUCUACUCGAAUAUCGAUAUAGAAACGUAUCGCAUUGACGGCUGUGUAAGUGUGCAACUGCACGCUACUAAAAGAAUAGUAUUACUUUUAGAUAAAAACCUCAUUAAUCGAGCGUGCCAGGAUUUACACAUUACUAAGGUAAUACGCAGCAAAUUACACAAGAAAUCACUAGAAAUACUUAAUAGUAUUUGAAUAUUACCUAUUUUGAUGUUAUACGUGCUAUAACUCGUACUGAUAUGUCAUGGGGUAUGUUUAGGUUUAAGAGCAUUUAAAUGGUGGUUACUAUACGUCCGGGUGAAAUAGUAAGGAUGUUGUCUAUCGCGGGGGUUCAGGUUACCGAUUUCAUAUCGGUACCGUAAUUUUAUACCGGUAUGAUGACGGUAGCGUAACCGCUUGUAUACCUUAACCUUUUCAAGAUGGAUUGUCCUGUACAAAAUUCGUUCGUGCCAUAGACAAACUGCCUAUUCGGGCAAUAUCACCUAAUAAACAGAAAGUAGCUCCGUCUCUUUCUUGCACUUAUUGUAAGUGAAGGACGGCGCUAGUUUAAGUUUGUGUCCGCCCGAAUUGGCACAUAUGUCGAUAUAUAAACACUUGCUGAUUUUACUGUCUGAGAUGCGGUUAUUACUACAGUUAGUAUAGCUAACAUAACAUAAAUGCAGUAUAGACUUUCGGGCACUGUAGUUGCUUAUGUUAGGUCACCGAGCGUACUAUUAAACAGAAAAUACCGCUCUUAACCCUUUCACGGGCAGAGACCAUGGGUCAUUGAUGGUUCGUAAUAGAUAGUAUGAUACCUUGGAAUCGGAACGUCAUUAGACGUUCUGUCCUUGAAGAUGUUAAGGGUUACCUUUGCAGUUAUGCCAUCGCAUUUGUGACCGGUUCGUCCUUAUACCAUUCGAUACUAUUUCGCCGCGCGACCCACCGGUAGAAGUAAGAUAGAUUACGUGUAUAUGUUUGUUACUGUAUGGUAUACAUUUUUGACGUAACAGUAAGUAAUUUGGAUUCGAUUUUAAAAACGUAAAAUGAAUUUGAUUUGAUAUUAUAUUAGAAGUUCCCAAAGGCGUAAGUUAUUCAUAUUUUAUUUUGUGGUUAAUUCAUAUAUGUGGCUAAUAUGCGCAACAUGAUAACAUUAUCGAUCGAUUCAAUAAAUCAUGUCGAAAUCGAUAAGUUUGUUUUUUCUCUAACAUGCGUGGCACGUGAUUUUGUUCGUAUUUGGACAGAACGACAUGACUUAUUUGGGUUCACAUAUUAGCACCAAUCGACAAAACGACGAUUAUAUCGUCAGAAUCGAUAAAAUGACCGUGACAAAAUUUUAUCAUGUUGCGCAUGUUAGCCCUACUGUAUACUUAUAUUAGAAUUGUAGCUAUAUAUAAUACAUUUUAACAUGUUAACGUGCAAUAUACAUUGAAAAUUAAAAUAAAGCAAUAGUAGAUAUACAUUGGUGCCGAUUCAGGCAACCACCAACUUAAUUUGACAGGACUAAAACUAUCUCUUCUUGCACGUAUUGUAGGUGAAGUGCUCUAAAAGUGCCGUCUAGUUUAUAUGCCCCCGAAUAGGCAUGGUAACAAUAAUCCUACAUUGAAACAGUGACUACAAAUAGCGGAUUUUGUAUAAAAAAUAGAAAUGUAAUAUUAAACUAUUCAGAAACAAGGCCAAUUUUUUUUGUAAUUUUGAGAUUAAGUCGGGGCCCAUAUCUGUCUAUUUUUGUCGUUGUUCUCCGCAUUAAACAUUAAGGUAGUUACUAGGUCAAAAACAAAUUUAAAAAAUGUUAUUAUUUAUUUUUGGGUAUAUCUUGCAGAAAACAGGUUAAGCAUUUUCUUUUGUUGUACGUUUUCGUACAAAUUCGAUACCAAUUUAUUGUUUUAAGUAAAAAAAUACUAAAUGGAAACUACAUAACAUUACAAAUACUUUUUGCACAAACAGGAAAUCCCAAUUUUACUACCUACCUACCUUCUAUCCGUUAAAUAAUUAGAUGUGUUAAAAAUACCAACUUAUCAAGGUCACAUAAUUGUUUUUUGUUUAAUUUAAGGUAAUAUUAAGUGUAAGUAUUAUUAUUUCGCAUUAGUCUCAUAAUCUUCAAGUUGGUUGCUGUAUUUUUUUUUGUUAAGUAAUUAAUGUAAAUGGAAGAUCUGUUUUAAUUUACGCGAAUUGAUUAUGUUGCUCCCACACGGAGGUUAUAGAAAUUUUAUAACAGUGCCUAAAGUGCCGGGGCCAAAGGUACUUUCCAUCUAUUCCACAAGAUAUAUCUGUUUAUAUAACCAUAUGGAAGCACUGUUAGGUAGAUAAUUAUAUUUAUUAUAAUUUAACAUUCCGCGACGCAAAGCUAUAUUUUCACAAUGUAUUUAAUACGUAUUUAUAAUAUACAAAAAUGUCUCCACUACUACGCCUUGCUUAUAAGCGAAUGUGACAAAAUAAAUAUUGUUAUACAAAA